AUAUAGGUUAUCUAUUUUCUGUACAGAAAAUGGAAACAAAAAGAUCGUUUUCCGCGAAAUUCAAACCAUGAAAAAUGGUCAAGAAAUAGAUAUGGGAUGACUAUCAAUGAUUUUCCAUUAGAACUUGUUGGACUUUGAAAGAAGAUUGACAUCUGUAAUCGGGACGAGAGAAAUUGUUUAUUGUAACAGUGCGAUGGCCACUUCAUCAUUGGAGGAGCUUUACCCGUAUCAUGUUGUGGAGUUUAUUCAUCCUGGAAAGAAGCCUAAAGUACGCAAUGUGGAUGUUGUGGCAUCAAAGUGGAUCAUUGUUGAUGACAAAAAGAAGAAACUUUUUGUCAAGUACCCACCACCACCGUACACAAGUACUACUCGCAAUGAGUUGGACGCAGCCUUGAAUCACUUAUCGGAUGCUCCAAGUUUAUGGCAAACUUAUACUAUUCACCUAAAAGGAAAAGCGAGAAAUCUAAAAGAAGCUUUCAUAAAAUUGAACUUGUUGAAGGAUGAAGAAACAGCUUAUACGAUGGAUUCGAAUGACAGUUGUGCAGAAGUUGAGAAGAAAGGUACAGAACUGUUACGCCAACAUAGACUACGAAAAGAAGCUUUUUCAUUUAUGUCUGCCUUGUCAGAGUCUCCUCCAUCCAGCCAAAUUAAUGAGAAAGCAGGUCAACUCCAACAAUCUACAAGUAUGUUGGAAAUGCACAAAACACCUAUUUUAAAAAUCCUUAAGAGUAACCAUUCUCUUAAUAAAACUACACAGCCUUCUACAGGAAUUAGUAACAGUACAAGAAUUACAAACACUAAAGCUAAAGGCAAAGAAAAUCAUUCUGAUUCAUCUGAAUCACCAAAGGCUAUUCAAGAACAAAGAAAUCCUCGUACAUAUCAAAAUAAAGGAAUUCGCACUGGGAUUCCGUUGAUGAAUAAUGACACUUCUUCACCGAAUGAAACUGGAUCUGGUACUUCUGUAUCAAAAGUGAGUGCAUCAUCACCCGAGGCUCUGGUGGAUGAAAAUACUGCACCGAUACAAGAUUCAUUGGAAGACCUUCGUACAGAAAAUGUUGAUCUGCAUAGAGGAUCAAAGCAAUCGACUGAAACAAAUAUUGGCUCACCGAACAUUCCUGACAAUCUUCAACAAACUUCUGAUUCAGCCCAGAGAAACGUUAAAGUUAGUCUUUAUCAAAUGCUACUAGAUCAAUUGAAAAAUAUAAGAAGUGAUAUUUCAGAUAUGAAGAACGAUGUUAAACAAAUGAAAAGUGACAUUGAAACUCUAAAAAAUGCUCUGAUAAAAAAUAAAAUAAUUGGUGCAAAAGAUUUUGUUGGAACUAUCCAGCAGCUCUGUAAUAAAUUUAAGUUCAAAAUACCGUUUGAAACUGUAGAAGAAUUUGAGGAUUUCAACAUUAAAUUGAAACAAGACGAAGCGUUACACGAAGCAGUGUCUACUGUGCUACAAACUGGUCUGGAUCCUACUUUAGUCAUGUCGAGAUCCAUUGUGAAUAUGUUAAAAUUAUUCUUAACAAAGACAGUAGCUGCUCAAUAUGUAGCCGUAAAAAUCAGAAAGGAUAAAAAAGUCAUGAAAAAUACCCCUUUUUUUCAGUGUAUUGAAGGCCUUAUCAAAGAACGACGUUUGAUAUACAACAUGGAUACACCAGAUAAAGACGUGAUAAGUGCUCUGAGCGCUGUUUUGAGCAAUUCUGGAAGCUGGUAUACAUCAAGAAAAUCUGAUACCUCGAGUACUUCGUCAAAGAGACCUAGACAAAAAUCUAGGAAAAAUAAAAUGCCAAAAGAGAAUGAAGAAAGUGACCGCUUGACUGAUUCCGAUCAUGAAUCACAUGAGACUGGUGGCGUCUUCUCAAAACAUCAAAAAUCUUAUGAGAAAGUAGAUGAUGAGAGCAGUGUAGCAUCACAAGAUUCCGAAAAUAACGACGAGCCAGCAUUCAAAAGGUCACGAUUCUCAUUUCCAUUAAACGUACCUAAUAAUACCUUGAAUGACGAUGGCCAGUCAUCGCCGAUAAUUGAAGUGGAUCCAAGUCUUUUACAAGAGAAAAAUCCACUAGUCGAUCUAGGAAUUGACCAUACUGAUCCUCUUUUUUCUACUGCUGGGAUAGAGAUUUACAAAGAUUCACUUUACGAAGAUGAAUUUGAUGAAAAUUAUUUAUUUCAAAAGUAAAAUUUUGUACUACUGUUUAAAGGUUCAAAUUGAUAGUAUGGAUUUAUAAUUUCAUUGCUUUUGUAGUUUUAUAUAAUGUUUAUAAAAACUUACCUCUAGGCCACGUUUUGAUAAAUAAAGAAUCAUAAUAAUUUAUGUAAA